AUGACAUUCGGAUCUCCUGCUCAAGGUUACCAACAGGCUCAAGGUCAGGCACCACCCCCUAUCCCUCCCGAGCUUAACCAACAGCUAUACGGAUGGUUCAAGGCUGUCGAUACCGAUGGCUCUGGUCAGCUUACUGCUGAUGAGUUGCAAAAGGCUUUGAUUAAUGGUGACUGGAGCCCCUUCAAUAUUGAAACCGUGCGCAUGAUGGUGAACAUGUUUGACCAUGGUACCAUUGGCUUCAACGAAUUCGGUGGUCUUUGGCGCUAUGUGGAAGAUUGGAAACGUUGCUUUGGUGCAUUUGACCAGGAUGGUUCAGGAAGCAUCGAUCGCAAGGAAAUGGGUAACGCCCUUCGUGCUUUUGGAUACAACCUUUCAGAUGGGUUUAUCAACUUGCUGAUCAACAAGUUUGACAAAUAUGGAAAAUGGAGCCAAGGCAAGGGUGAUGUGACAUUUGACAACUUUGUUCAAGCCUGUGUCACCGUCAAGACUUUGACAGAUUCUUUCAGACAAUUCGAUACCGAUAGUGAUGGAUGGAUUCGUAUUAACUAUGAAAGUUUCCUUGACUUGGUGGUUCGUCAACGCUCGUAG